AUGGCACAGCUUUAUAGGCAAACCAGUAACAAAGAGCAGUGCGACACCACGUCUUGCAGACAUCGAGCCCAAAAAGGAAGGGAACCCACACUAUACAAACGGCUUGCUCUGACCCCAAUGGCUAUUCCGGCCAAGAUCAAGAGUCAUUGGAAGUCUUGCAUGUUGUAUUUUCAUCCAGAUAAGGGUGGACACACUGGCGUAGCACAACAGAUUACGGCGGCUGCUACAGUGUUACUUGAUCCAGAGAGUCGUCGCCAAUACGAUUUAAAGAUUAAUGCUUGA